AUGGAAGAACUUACCGCUUUUGUUUCCAAGUCGUUUGAUCAGAAAGUGAAAGAGAAAAAGGAGCUCAUCACCUACCGGGAGGUUCUGGAGAGCGGACCUGUCAGGGGAGCCAAGGAGUCCGGAGGCUCGGGCGAGCCCGGGCGGGAGGAAAGCAACAGCCCGGCGGCCCGGGUGGCUGCAGGAGGCGGCGGCGGAGGAGGAGGAGGAGGGCGAUCGCCGGUCCGAGAACUGGACAUGGGCGCCGUCGACCGGAGCAGGGACGCGGGCACUCCCAAACUCAGCGAAGUUUCCCCAGAGCUGAAGGAGCGCAAAGACGAUGCCAAAGUGAUGGAGGACGAAGGGCAGACGAAGAUCAAGCAGCGGAGGAGCCGGACCAAUUUCACCCUGGAGCAGCUGAACGAGCUGGAGCGGCUUUUCGACGAGACCCACUAUCCGGAUGCCUUCAUGAGGGAGGAGCUCAGCCAGAGGCUGGGACUGUCCGAGGCCCGAGUACAGGUAUGGUUUCAGAACAGAAGAGCUAAAUGUAGAAAGCAAGAAAAUCAGCUACAUAAAGGGGUUCUCAUAGGAGCAGCCAGUCAGUUUGAAGCCUGCCGAGUUGCCCCCUACGUGAACGUUGGUGCUUUGCGGAUGCCUUUCCAGCAGGAUAGUCAUUGCAACGUGACGCCCUUGUCCUUUCAGGUGCAGGCGCAGCUGCAGCUGGACAGCGCCGUGGCGCACGCGCACCACCACCUCCACCCGCACCUGGCCGCGCACGCGCCCUACAUGAUGUUCCCGGCGCCGCCCUUCGGCCUGCCCUUGGCCACGCUGGCCGCCGAGUCCGCCUCGGCCGCUUCGGUGGUGGCCGCGGCCGCGGCGGCCAAGACCACCAGCAAGAACUCCAGCAUCGCCGACCUCAGACUCAAAGCCAAAAAGCACGCGGCGGCGCUGGGCCUGUGA